AUGAAAAGGCCAUUGAGUGAAAAUGAACUGUAUGAGUUGAUAGAGGUUGGACUUUCUGAUGUGGAAGAGUUAUGUGAUGAAGAGACUGAUGACAUUCUGACGUUCGAAGCUCUCCAGAAUGAGAACGGAAUUACCGAUCUUCAUGCAAUGACUAGAUGCGAUUAUAUCCCAGCAUUGUACCGCAAAGGAAACAAGAAGCUGUUGCAAAUUGUGUUGCAGAGUGUGGAAUUCCAAGAUGCUUUUAUUAACAGCGUGAAGAAAAUUUUUCCAUGCUUUUACGAUUUGUGUGCAGAAACAGCUAGUUCUGACGAAGAAACAAAUGAAGAUGAGGAAGACGACGCUAUAUCUGAUGGCAUUUUAGAAACGGAUGUGGAUGCAUUUGAUUAA